CGCGUUCAGGCUGCAGCUGGCAGGCAUCGCGAGCCCGGAGCACCCACGAGCUCAGUGUGCAGGACGCGCCCCCAGCACAGCCACCUACGGUCUCUGAAUGAAGCUUCCAGGAGUCCGCCCCCGGACGGCUGCGCCCCAUCGGAGGUGCACCCGCUGAGAGCGUCUGGGCACUGAAAGCCGGUGCGCUCACCUGCCGGCCAUGGAGCCACACGGGAAUGACAGCGACUUCUUGCUGGCACCCAAUGGAAGCCGAGCGCCAGGCCACGACAUCACUCAGGAACGGGACGAAGCGUGGGUGGUGGGCAUGGCCAUCCUCAUGUCGGUUAUCGUCCUGGCCAUCGUGUUUGGCAACGUGCUGGUCAUCACAGCCAUUGCCAAGUUCGAGCGACUACAAACCGUCACCAACUACUUCAUAACCUCCUUGGCGUGUGCUGAUCUAGUCAUGGGCCUAGCGGUGGUGCCUUUUGGGGCCAGUCAUAUCCUUAUGAAAAUGUGGAAUUUUGGCAAUUUCUGGUGCGAGUUCUGGACUUCCAUUGAUGUGUUGUGCGUCACAGCCAGCAUCGAGACCCUGUGCGUGAUUGCAGUGGAUCGCUAUGUUGCUAUCACAUCGCCCUUCAAGUACCAGAGCCUGCUGACCAAGAAUAAGGCCCGAGUGGUCAUCCUAAUGGUGUGGAUUGUGUCGGGCCUUACCUCCUUCUUGCCUAUCCAGAUGCACUGGUACCGUGCCACCCACAAGCAAGCCAUCGACUGUUAUGCCAAGGAGACUUGCUGUGACUUCUUCACGAACCAGGCCUAUGCUAUCGCUUCCUCUAUCGUAUCUUUCUACGUGCCCCUGGUGGUCAUGGUCUUUGUCUAUUCCAGGGUCUUCCAGGUGGCCAAAAGGCAGCUGCAGAAGAUAGACAAAUCCGAGGGCAGAUUUCAUGCCCAAAACCUCAGCCAGGUGGAGCAGGAUGGGAGGAGCGGGCACGGACUCCGAAGGUCCUCCAAGUUCUGCUUGAAAGAGCACAAAGCCCUCAAGACUUUAGGCAUCAUCAUGGGCACCUUCACCCUCUGCUGGCUGCCCUUCUUCAUUGUCAAUAUUGUCCACGUCAUCCGGGCCAACCUCAUCCCUAAGGAAGUUUACAUCCUCCUUAACUGGUUGGGCUAUGUCAACUCUGCCUUCAAUCCUCUUAUCUACUGUCGGAGUCCAGAUUUCAGGAUUGCCUUCCAGGAGCUUCUGUGCCUUCGCCGGUCUUCUUCGAAAACCUAUGGGAACGGCUACUCUAGCAACAGCAACGGUAGGACAGACUACACAGGGGAGCAGAGCGCAUAUCAGCUGGGGCAGGAGAAAGAAAAUGAACUGCUUUGUGAGGAAGCCCCUGGCAUGGAAGGCUUUGUGAACUGUCAAGGUACUGUGCCUAGCCUUAGCAUUGACUCUCAAGGGAGGAACUGUAACACAAACGACUCGCCACUGUAGUGUAGGCUUUCUACUCUUUAAGACGGCCCCUCCCUGACAGGACACUAACCAGACUAUUUUACUUGAGUGUAAUAACUUUAGAAUAAAAUUGUAUAGAGAUUUUGCAGAAGGGGCACAUCCUUCUGCCUUUUUUAUUUUAUUUUUUUAAGCUGCAAGUGAGAGAGAGAGGGAGAGAGAGAGAGAGAGAGAGAGAGAAAGAGAGAGAGAGAGACUGUAUUUCAGUGCUUAAUGUUUUCCUUGUACAGUUCAGUUCCUCUUUGCAUGGAACUUAAAAGUUUCUGUCUGAAGUGUUGUUGGUCUGUCUGUUUGGAUGGUGUUUCCAUGUAUCUACCUCACUGGUCAAGUAUUAAGGAUAAUAUAUAUAUAUAUUGCUGCUGGAAAUUCAUAUGUAAAGGAGAGAGUUUUCUUCCUGUACCCUUGGACUUGAAAUAUCCUGUGUCUUGGACCUUUCUGCUGUGAAUGUGGACUCUCUCUCACUCCACUUAUUCGCUCAAAUGGAGUGUUGUAGGCAGGGAUUUGAGGGACAACAUCAGUUGUUUUUCUGAGCAAAGUCUAAAGUUUACAGUAAAUAAAUUGUUUGACCAUGA